AUGAGUGCGUUUUAAAUCAAGGUUUGGAGAUAAAUACCUCAAUAUGAAUCUGUUUUUUCUAGACGAAAAAGAGUUUUCAAACGUUUAAGAAUAGCAGGCUAUGCUGUGUAGUUCUUGGUUUUCUACAGGACUGAAUAGAUAAAAAGAUAAAACAGAUAAAGGCAAAUGUAAUAAUUCCUUAGAAAUCCUUUGAUAUCUACUAAAAGGGGCGCACUGGUAGUUCAAUCAGCCAAAUCUAACCGAUCUCCAAAAUCUCCUACACCUUCAGAAAAUAAAAUCAGAAGAAAUGCCACAGAUUACUUUGAAAUCGAUUCUAUCAAAGAAAAAAUGUCAUUCAAUGACCACUGCAGUACUUUAAUAGUGUGUUAAAAUCAAAGUAUAAAAAAGAGACAAGUCUCUUUGUACAUGGAAGAGAUGUUGAAAAAUAUUACUACAAAAUAGAGUAUUGCUAUGAGUCUUACUCCUCUCUCAAUAAUUGUACUAUGUUUUAAUAUGUUUUCAUAGGAUAAAAAACUAAAGAAGAACAAAUCAAUUCCUUGUAUAACAGAAUAAAUUUCUCCAAAAUAUAGUCUAGACAAUCUAUAGCUUGAAAAGUUAUUGACUCCUUUGAAUCUUCUACAAAGGGGUAAAAGAAAUCAAUCUAAUAUACAUAUAUUUCAUAAUGAAUAUUCAAAUAACAACAAAGAAGUUAUAAAAAUGAUUGAUAAUCUUAAGAUAAAGCACAGAAAAUUAAAAAGAAAAAAUUGA